UUCUACUUCUUACAGAAAAUUUUGUUCACAAAAUCUUUCAACAUUCUGACCAUCGAUCAUCUCGUUACCAUCAAGUUUCAAAAGGAUAGGAAAAUACGUAGGAACAAAGAGGAAGUGCAAUAUACCCACUUCCCAUGUUGUCAGCCUCAUGCAAGUAAUAGUGAGAUCAUUCACAAGCUUCUGAGCCUCAGACAUGGACCGGUUGGUUUGCUUCUCUCUCCUGCUAAGCUACCUGCCAGUAACAGAGAGCAUGAACGGCUGCUUAUUACAGCCAAACGACACGAUAUUGCGGCAACCUGGACAAAGGGCUGUUCUCAAGUGUACCGUCAAUUCACAUUGUUCAGGCCUGCGUUAUCUGUGGUUCAAGGAAAAUCUUCGUCUAAACCUCAGUGACAAACAAAAGUACAGCCUGGACGGAGCAUCUUUAAACAUCAAGUCACUUCAAGUUGAAGACACCGGGAUCUACCACUGUGCUGCACUGGUCCAUGGAAACCCAGCAUCUGGCAACCAACAUGUAGGGUUGGGUACAACUCUUGUCGUUAUGGAAAUUAAAACAAUGUUGAUGUACAUUCUGUGGGCAUCAUUUGCCCUCUUGGCCAUCUACAGCCUGGCGGUAGUGACACUAAUGAUAAAGAAGUAUGGCUGCAAUAUGAGUGUCUGCAGAAGGAUACGCAAAACUGACGAGAAGAACUCAGCUAAAAAAGAUAAGUUUCAUGAUGUGCUGCAAGAAAUGUACAGCAGAAGGAACUUGGACAAAGGCAAAAAAACUGUGAGCAGAAACCGUUCUCAAGCUGAGGCUGCAAGCUCUGAGGUCAAGAACUCAAAUGAGGACAUUUAUGAAAAUUUCUAAGUGUCAUAAAAGGAUAUUAAAUGACAGACUCAAUCAUCUGCGCAGAGAGGAAAAUCUAAAGUCAUGAAACACCUGACGGAGGACUCCAUUAUGUGACAGAGGAAGUGAGCUUGUUCACCUAAUCUCGUGAAGUGAGACAUAGCAACCACAACAGACACUUUUUCCUUUCUCUGGAAUGUUUCAGCAAUGAUGGACAGACAGCUCUCUCUCUUAAGGCAUUAGUAGUUUUAUUUAUGUUCUGGUGAUUGUAAGUAAUGUGGGAGCACCUUCAAUCUUUUUUAAAACCGGGGCAGUGUUUACAUGGGAAAAGAAAAUACAGUUCAAUUAAAAAACUAGCAGAAUCACAUGAUUUUUAUCUCUCUAUUUAAUUUCUCCUACAAAUUUGUGAUUUCAUGAUGAAUUCAUUUGAUAGAAAAUAAUUUCAAUUUUCAGGAAUAGAAAGUAGCACAUGUAAUUUCAAUUUUCAGGAAACACAGACCAUGUUGUUCACUAAUGAAAGUGGAAAUCAGAUGUGUGCAACAGUGCAAAUAAGGCUAUUAGAAGACAACACCAACUCCCUUGAGAGGAUUAAUAAUAUUUUGAUAAUAUGAAUUCAAGAUUAUAUAACUAUUGACCCACACCUUCUCAAAAAAUACGAAAUCACAAAUUUGUAUCAACAUUCUGGUAAUGGUUGUGUACAAACACAUUUUUAAGCAAAAACACUGGAAAUAAAAAAUGAUUAUAAGUUCAUCAUUUUAAACAAUGUAAUUCAAUUAGAGGCACAUUACUGAUAAAUGUACAUAGCAGUAGUAUAAAGCAAAAGGUUGUAUUUUUGGUGCUGUAGUGGCUUUUUCUCAAUUAAAAUAAAUCUACAGUAAGGCAAUAUUUCAACAACCUGAUGUGUUUGUAAGGCAUUUUGCUGUGUCACAUUCUGCACAAUAACUAUAACUAAUAAAGUAUUUGUUCACUGCAAAUAUCAACAUAAAGAACCAGACAGUUAACAUUAGAAUUUUCUUUAUGAAGUCAAAGUGGAUGUUUACAUGUCUUUGUGCAUUUUUACACAUUAAAAGCUGUGAUAUGAA